AUGUUAUACAUUAGGCGUUUACAGCGUUUAUCAAAGCUGAUUAGUAGUGCUUCCUCAAGUAAUUGUCGAUGUUAUUCCGACACACAACGAUUUGCUUCUGUUAAAGAAAAAAUAAAACAAGGGCCAGGUUUGAAAGAUUUUAUUACUGAAAGUUCUCAACCAGUUAUCACUGAUCGUCCUUUUAUACCGUAUUUGCUCGAAAAUGAUAGAAUUAAGGCAAAGAGAAAAGUUUUCUUUGAUGUAUAUGGUUGCCAGAUGAAUCUUAAUGACACAGAUAUAGUUUGGUCUAUCUUAAAGAAAGAAGGUUUUGAGAAGACAGAAGUUGAAGAAGAAGCAGAUAUAUUCUUAGUGAUGACAUGUGCGAUACGAGAAGGUGCGGAAACAAAGAUCUGGCAUCGUUUAGACCAUCUCAGAGGGUUUAAGAGGCGCGCUAAAGAUCGCUCCGUAAAGAUUGGCAUUCUGGGCUGUAUGGCGGAGAGACUGAAGGAAAAAUUGAUUGAAAAAGAAAAAGCUGUUGAUGUUGUGGCUGGACCGGACAGUUACCGAGACCUUCCUCGUCUGCUGGCCCUCACAGAAAACGGGCAGCAAGCAGUCAAUGUAUUGCUAUCUCUAGAUGAGACAUAUGCUGAUGUGGUGCCAGUGAGGCUGAACCAAGAUAGUGUGUCGGCUUUUAUUUCAAUAAUGCGAGGUUGUGACAACAUGUGUACUUACUGCAUCGUCCCUUUCACUCGUGGCCGGGAGCGUUCACGUCCUGUGUCCUCCAUUGUGGACGAAGUACGACAGCUGGCUGACCAGGGAGUCAAGGAAGUCACCCUGUUAGGACAGAAUGUCAACAGCUACCGGGAUGUCACGCAAACCACUGAGAAAUUUGAUACUCAUUUAGCUAAAGGAUUUAAAACUGUUUAUAAAACUAAAAAGGGUGGCAUGAGGUUUGCUGACCUGUUAGACAAGGUAUCGUCAGUGGAUCCUGAGAUGAGGAUCCGAUUCACUGCUGCACAUCCUAAAGAUUUUCCCGAAGAGGUCUUGCAAAUAAUCUCGGAGCGUCCCAACAUUUGCAAAUUGUUGCACUUACCGGCGCAGUCAGGCUCCAGCGCAGUGUUGGAGCGCAUGCGCAGAGGGUACACGAGGGAGGCGUACUUACAACUUGUAGAUGAAGUGAAAAGGACUAUUCCGGGAGUGGGUCUAUCAACAGACAUGAUCUGCGGUUUCUGCGGUGAGACAGAGGAGGAGUUUGAAGAAACACUCUCACUCAUGGAGAUGGUGGACUACAAUAUUGCGUUCCUAUUCCCUUAUAGUAUGAGAGAGAAAACAACAGCCUACCGCCGCUACAAAGACGACGUGCCCGACCACAUAAAGAAAGAACGUCACAACAGAAUGCUAGAAGUAUACAGAAGGAAAUGUCAACAAUUGAACGAAGCAGAAAUUGGCAACACUCAUUUAGUAUUGGUAGAAGGAAUCGCGAAGAAAUCUGGCAACAUUUUAGGUAGGAACGAAUUAUAUUUGAGAGUAGUAUUUGAACAAACAGAUAUUCUGGCUGAAGAUGGAGGUUUAAGGCCUGUGAAACCUGGAGAUUAUGUAGCUGUGAAGAUUGUAGGAGCCAGGUCUGCAACCCUAAGGGGCGUGCCAUUGUACCAUACAAGUUUAUGUGACUUCUACAAAGAGAAACAGUGGGGAGAACGACGUGCUGUUAAUUAA